AUGUUCGUUACUGUGAGGACAAAGGUUGUCCGCUUAUCACAGCUCCGGCGUUGCUUGCGUUUUGCGUGCCAAAGCCAUCGUGCUCCUCUCCUAUUACACGAGUAUACAACACAAACUGUGGAACUUCGACACGUCUUGUUCAAGAAACGCUCCACAAGCUGGAAAACUGCGACUGCGCCGGCCCUGACAGACCAUGCUUUUCAUGACGCAGCCGACUGUACCUUGCAGCAUAUUCUUGAUUGCGUUGAGGCGUUAGUAGAAAGUACUGAUCUUGAAGUUGAUGUCUCCCUUGAAAAUGGUGUAUUGAUGGUUGAGUGCGGAAAGAGUGGGACUUUUGUGCUAAAUAAGCAAACGCCUAACAAGCAAAUAUGGUUGGCCUCUCCAGUUUCUGGCCCACUGAGAUACGACUACGUGUCUCAAAGAUGGUUAAACAUGAGGGACGGUCAUAGCUUACAGUACCGUUUCAAGCAUGACUUUGAGUCCAUAUGCAAAACUGAGCUGAACAUCUUGUAA